CCCAUACCACUCUGAGAGGCCCACCCACUCUCAUUAUCAUCAUCUAAUUCAUCAUAUGCUUUUCUUUUUUAUCUCCUUGAAUUCGUGAACCCACUUUAGGGUUUUUUCUUGGAAAAUCUUGUGCUGGUUUUGUUUCUUUAUAAGUUCUUUCCUUUUACUUCCGAUUUUCUUUUCAAGUGAGAGAGAGAGAGAGAAUAAAAAGGUUUCACAAAAGAAUGGGGAGAGGUAGGGUUCAGCUCAAGCGAAUCGAGAACAAGAUCAGGCGGCAAGUGACGUUCUCGAAGCGGCGGACCGGGUUGCUCAAGAAAGCUCAUGAGAUCUCGGUGCUAUGCGAUGUUGAGUUAGCUCUGAUCGUGUUCUCCACCAAAGGAAAGCUCUUUGAGUUUUCCUCCAAUUCGAGCAUGGAGAGGAUCCUGGAACGAUAUGAAAGGUAUUCACAUGCUGAACGGCCGCUUGUCGCAACUCAUGAUUCUCAACCACAGGGAAGCUGCAGGUCUCUGGAUCAGGUCCCCAGGCUUUUUGCCAGAAAUGAAGUUUUACAAAGGAACAUAAGCAACUUCUUGGGAGGAGAUCUGGAUCCCUUAAGUAUAAGGGAGCUCCGUAAUAUUGAGCAACAGCUUGAUCUAGGUCUGAAGCGCAUACGAACAAGAAAGAACAAACUUAUCGAUGAAUCUAUUAUGGAGCUGCAGAAGAAGGAAAAAGCCUUGCAGGAGCAAAACAAAUUGCUAGUUAAACAGCUCAAGGAAAAUGAAGCACUAAGCGAGCAUGCACAUGGCCGAGAGCAGCCACCACCAUUGACGCUAGCACUCCUACCUUUAACAAUCGGAGGGACUUUCCAGGCAACGACAAUGGAUGAAGAUGCUGGAGCUCAGACUCAGCCUAGAAGUACCACUACCCUCAUGCCACCUUGGAUGCUUCACCAUGUCAUGAAUGGUUAUAGAGACUCUUCGAGAGCCACCCCAUAAUUAAUGGCCAGCUUUGGAAGUGGAACAGAUGACAGUUCUAGCAUUCCUUGAAAAGUUCAAUAUGACGUUGUUCCGCUUCAACCCCAUCUCUCUGUUUCGGAAAUUGAGAAGUAUUUCGAGAUCUCGACUUCACCGUUUCGAAUCAACAAAUUAUAGUUUUAAGCCUAAGAGCUCAAAGUACUACAUGUAUAUGACCGUGGCUACCAAGCAUGCUAGCCAUGGACUGAACAAAUAAUUUUGACAGUAUUUGCUACG